GGUUCGCUUCAUUAACCAAAGUCAACUACAACAAAAAAAAGUAAAAUCAAGUUCGUUCACUUUCUAAAAAUUACGAAAAACAUUAUUAACUAUAACUUCACUUCUACCAAAUUUUCUCACUGAUUGUCAGCCGAAACUCUAAGCAAAUAAUAGUAUUCUAGUCACUCAUAUGAUGGUUCGAAUACUUUUAAUUUCACUUUUCCUCGUAAACUUUGACUUAGCCAACUCUGUGUCAGUUCAUCAGUUACAUAUGGAACUCCUUGAAAACUACAACCGCUGGAUACGACCAGUAACCAAUCAGUCUUCGAUUGUGAAUCUGACUUAUGGAGCUGCACUGUACCAGCUGGUGGGGUUCGAUGUCAAACUGGAGACCCUCUCCACUCUCAUCUGGCAGAGACUCUACUGGCAGGACCAGUUCAUCCAGUGGCAUCCAGCAGAUUAUGAGGGCAUUGAAGUGAUCCGACUGUCUCAGUCUCAAUUGUGGACUCCUGACUUGCUGCCUUAUAACGACAUAGGAGUGUAUGACUCGAACAAGUACGCCAAAACAGUGCCUCUCUCAGUAACCCACACUGGAUCUGUCACCUGGCUCAAUCCAAUAGCUCUGGAGACUACGUGUACGAUGGAUGUGACCAAUUUCCCCUUUGACAGACAGGAGUGCAACAUAGAGAUUGGUUCGUGGCAGUACAAGGCUACCGAGAUUGACAUAUUCUGUGGGGGAGUCACUUUCGACACUUCCUCCUACUCCGAACACACGCAGUGGAAACUACUCGAAACCUCUUGUGUGAGAACUGCAAGCGUCUACCCUACCGGAAAAUUCAGCUCUCUAGUGUUCACGAUUCGAUACGAACGAAUGAACUCAUUCUACAUCCGCAAUAUCGUUCUUCCAAAUGCAGUUCUCUUAGCCCUGAGUAGUUUGACCUUCUUUAUCCCAAAUAACCUUGGGGAAAGAGUCAGUUUCGGAAUCACAGUGACCUUGGCUCUAUGUGUGAACUUAAUUAUCGUGAUUGAUUUCAUACCCGAAACUUCAAAAACUAUCCCAAACAUCUGCAACUACUUUCUAGUCAGUAUUUUCUUGUCUGGAUUUUCAAUUAUGCUCGCCAUGAUUUCGAUCAACAUCAGUUUUUGGCUUCAAUCGACAAAUUUGAAAAUGAUUGACCAUUUUCAGAAACUGACAAAUACAGUUUCAGUUGCGACAAUGAGUUCCUUUCUGAUUUCGGACGACGUUCAAAAUAAAUCGCGGAAAAGCUCCUUAAAACGUGACUCGGUUGCUACAAUUUUGGAGCAGGAGAAAAUCAAGAAUGAGCAGGAAGAAGUCAAAAGACGAGCAACUGAGAGAAGAAAGGAAAGACUGGCUAAAGCGGUCAGAAUUUUUGACGGAGUUCUUGGCAUGUCAUAUCUGAUUGCAACCACGCUUUAUACUGUACUCUUUAUCAAUCAAUAAGCCGUUGUAACUCUAAUAAUUGGUUUUCAUGACUUCAAAACUUGUAGAAAACUAACCCUGACAUUUUGAGGGAGCUUUUGCUAACCCGAAAAAAAUCAGAAAUUUUCCCAUAGAAACCGAGUCUCGCAAAUGGUCCAUUUUGCAUGAAUAAGUCAGCCAUGUUUGCAGUGAAGUUUAAUAAAUUGAAUUGUUGUUUACAAUUUCGGUCAACUCAAAAAGCUGAGUACACGUGAUGCACAAUAUAAGUAUAAAUGACCAUCCUUCCAUACAACUUAAAUCUCCUCUCUUCCAAACAACCGUCA